GGCGUCCUCCGACGGCCAGACAUUAUUCCUGAUAGAGAAUUCGUUGUAUUUCCUGUCUCAAGAAGCUUCGUCACCCUUCACCACCAUGACAAAAGGCAGUGACAUGAACUUUCAUUUGUGAAUCCUCUCCAAGCCGCCAUGAAGACUGCCAUGAUUGUGCUCGCGUGUGUUGCCGCGUCGGCGUCCGCCCAAAAGGCGUGCGACCCCGCCAAGGUCACGGAUUGGAUGGCGUCGUGCGACCGCCUCGCCAGCGACGAAAUCAAGUGCAAGGACAAGGCGUGCCACAAGGCCCUGCACUACCUCGUCGAGGACGACGCCAUCAAGUGCUACGUCUCGUCCGGCCUUGGUCCUGCCACCAACCUGACCAAGUACACCGACCUGGACAAGUUCUGCCACGCCGCGCCUAAGGCGACGACCACCGCAAAGCCAAAUGCGGCCAGUUCGGCGUCGUUGGUUUCGACCGUGUCCGUGAUGACUGUCGCGUGUCUCGGGGUGCUUUCGUCUGGAAUGUAAUCGUGGA